UUUAGAUUCCCAAAAUUAGAAAGUAUAAAGAUUAGGUUGGGUCGUAGAUCGCCAUUUUUGUCUCUUAGCAAAAAUGAAUCUCAGGUUUCAUUUAAACUAAUUUUCUCUCUCUCUCUUUUCUUCUUCGUUGUAACGAAAUCUUGGAAGGCUCCAUUAUACAUCGGAAUCUUUUCUUUUUCAAUGUUAUCUCACAAAUCCCUAUGCUUCCCAUCACUUGAUGUCUCAUCUUCUUGCUCAAUUUCAUUUCCUAGAGAUUUCUCGUUCUGUUUUUUAAUGGGUUGAUAGUUUAGAGAAAAUUGAUCUUUUGAUUCUUCUGAUCCUGGCUUUACACACAAAAAUCCUGUCAUCUGGUUCGUUUCUUAGUGCCAUCCUAAAAACCAGUGAUUAGGUUCUCGUCUUUGAAUCAGAGACAAUGGAUAUAAGCAACGAAGCAGGCGUUGAUGCGUUCUCAAUUAUAGGACCCACGACUAUAAUCGGAAGAACAAUUGCCUACAGGAUCCUGUUCUGCAACUCAGUGUCUAUAUUCAGACACAAACUCUUUAUAGUUCUCAAGUUUUUCCUAAGAGGAGGUAGGGUUUUACUAUCACCAUUUGUGUCCUUACUACAUCCCAGGAAUCCACAAGGGAUAUUAGCAAUGGUGACCACGAUGGCCUUUCUAUUGAAUCGCUACACAAGCCUAAAAGCAAAGGCUGAGAUGGUUUACAGGAGGAAAUUCUGGAGGAACAUGAUGCGAGCUGCAUUGACAUAUGAGGAAUGGUCUCAUGCCGCAAAGAUGCUGGAUAAAGAGACUCCGAAGGUGAACGAGACAGAUCUUUUUGAUGUGGAGCUUGUGAGAAAUAAGCUUGAGGAGCUUAAGCAUAGACGUCAUGAGGGAUCUCUCAAAGACAUUAUCUUCUGCAUGAGAGCUGAUCUUGUUAGAAAUCUCGGAAACAUGUGUAACCCUGAGCUUCACAAGGGAAGGCUUCAUGUGCCGAGACUAAUUAAAGAGUACAUCGAUGAGGUUUCUACACAGCUUAAGAUGGUUUGUGACACGGAUACUGAAGAGCUUUCUUUGGAGGAGAAACUCUCUUUUAUGCAUGAGACUAGACACGCGUAUGGAAGAACGGCUCUGCUUCUGAGCGGAGGUGCUUCUUUAGGGGCUUUCCAUCUUGGUGUGGUGAAGACGCUUGUGGAACAUAAGCUCUUGCCAAGAAUUAUAGCUGGUUCAAGCGUGGGUUCCGUAAUGUGUGCAGUUGUGGGGACAAGGUCAUGGCCUGAGUUACAGAGCUUCUUUGAAGGCUCUUGGCAUGCUUUACAGUUCUUUGAUCAGAUGGGAGGGAUCUUCACUACUGUGAAACGGGUUAUGACUCAAGGCGCAGUCCAUGAGAUCCGGCAUUUACAAUGGAAGUUGAGGAAUCUCACCAACAAUCUUACAUUCCAAGAAGCUUACGACAUAACAGGACGGAUUCUAGGGAUAACAGUUUGUUCCUUGAGAAAACACGAACCGCCUAGAUGUCUGAAUUAUCUGACUUCGCCUCAUGUUGUGAUAUGGAGUGCAGUGACUGCAUCUUGUGCUUUCCCUGGUCUUUUUGAGGCUCAAGAACUCAUGGCCAAAGAUAGAACUGGAGAGAUUGUUCCUUAUCACCCACCUUUUAACUUAGAUCCUGAAGAGGGCUCAGGAGAAUCAGUUCGGCGCUGGAGGGACGGUAGUUUGGAGAUGGACUUACCGAUGAUGCAACUCAAAGAGCUUUUCAAUGUCAACCAUUUCAUAGUCAGUCAGGCCAACCCUCACAUAGCACCCUUCUUGAGGAUGAAGGAGUUUGUUAGAGCUUGUGGAGGUCGAUUUGCGGCAAAGCUCGCUCAACUCGCGGAGAUGGAAGUGAAGCAUAGAUGUCAUCAAGUACUAGAACUCGGGCUUCCUCUGAGAGAAGUAGCUUCCCUAUUCGCUCAAGAAUGGGAAGGUGAUGUCACUAUCGUCAUGCCAGCUACUUUAUCUCAGUACUUGAAGAUCAUACAGAACCCAAGCAACGUAGAGAUUCAAAAGGCGGCAAAUCAAGGAAGGAGAUGCACCUGGGAGAAACUCGCAGUCAUCAAAGCAAACUUUGGGAUUGAACUAGUCCUGGACGAGUGCGUCGCCGUUCUUAACCACAUGCGCCGCCUUAAACGCAGCGCUGAAAGAGCCGCUGCUUUCUCCGCCAUCUCUUCCUCCCCACCAUCUAAACAUCUCUUGGCUGGAGCCAACAGAUUCAACGCCUCUAAACGAAUCCCUUCCUGGAACUGUAUAGCUCGUCAGAACUCAUCCGGAUCCGUCGAUGAUGAUGUGCUCGCAGAAGCUUCACGGUUGUACCAGCAUAUCGUGGUUGGAUCCGGGAAGAGUAGUAAUAAUCGAACCAGCAACUUAAGCCAUUCGUAUGAAGCAGGAAGCGAAGGAGAUUCUCCAGAAGCUGAAGAUUGGACGAGAUCUGGUGGACCAUUGAUGAGGACAUCGUCAGCUCAGAUGUUCACAGACUACGUUCAGAAUCUCCACGCCGCUGAUCCUGAACAGACGACGAUUGGAGACUCCGAAAGAGCUCCGGAGGUCGAACUGAACGUCGCUGCUUCUUCGUCUUGCAGCAUCACGGUUGCGGAAGGGGAUUAUCUUCAGACGGGAAGAACACACAACGGAUUAGUGUUGAAUCUCGUAAGAGGAGAGAAUUUGAGGAUGAAUCAGGAUGAUAGCCAAAACGACUACGAUGAGUCUCCGGAAAGCGUGCAACUCGAUUCGCCGGAAAAGGACAUUAUUGACGGAGAAAGCUCGGCGUCUGAGGACGGUGAAGAUGCUCAGGCGAAUCUAAUCCACGAGUGACUCUGUAGAAGCUUUGACUGACCAAAGUCAAGAGAAGGACUAGGUUGCAAAAUCCUAAACAGUUACUUCAAAAUUUUGUAGAAUAGUCCUCCAAAAUAUGAAAAAAUAUCAAUUAGUCUUGAUACUGUUUUAAGAUUCAAAUUUCACCAAACAAAUUUUGGUGUUAAUUUCUUCUUCUUCAUUUUUCUUUGUCAUUUUUAUUUUUGUAA